UACAGAAGCUCUGCUGAUGUCCCUGUGAGCCCAGGAUGGACCCCACAGGUCAGAGCGGAGCAGCUGCUGGCGGGGGUCUCUGGCCAACAACCGAUCAAAG